GACCUCCUUUCCAUGGCAUUUGUCCUGCUUCAAUAUGGAAACUUGCAUUACACGUCAGCCACACUGAGCAGCCACCAGCCAAGUUUUUUUCCUCACUGCGGAGACCAGUGCUGGCAGCUGCCAUUUCACAAGGAGAUUGUGCAAAUGUGGAGAGUUGAGAAUUUUCUUAUUCUUCCUCAGCAAAAAUUAACCACUUUCAAUCCACCAAGCGCCUGAAACCAUCAGAGGCAGGGUGUGACAAGCAAGUCAAUCUACUUACUUCACCUCACCUAACUCAUAUUUGACAGAAAGAAAUUGUGUCACAGGCACACAAAGUAACCCAAUUUUAAAACAUCCAAGUAUUUUGCCCUUGAAUGCAGGUAUUUAGUGCCCAUAAAUGUCAUUAUGGUCCAUACCAGGUGUAUCAAAGAGAAGUAUCCCCCAGAUCAUUUUGUAAUGUCACAGUGCUUGGAAUUCAGUCACAGAAUUCAAAGAGCUCUCUGACUACUCAUGAUAUUUUUGUAUAAGGACAUCAGUUAGGGAGGAAUUUAAAAAAUGUGCCAGAAGCAUGUUCAUCAAUUACUGCAACUGUUUUGCAAACCCGAACAAUAACAAUCACAAUAGUCUAAAAAAAACAGAAUUAACUUUUCAUGCACAAAGAAAAAAAGCCUAAGGAAUUUAUUGAUCACAGCUGACAGGUAUCUAUUCAAGGAAGGAAUUAUUUGGCAACAGAUGGGUCUGUAAUAAUAUUAAUAUCUUCACCAUCUGGCUUUUAAUCCAUUCUUUUCAUCAGUAGAUCAUAAAGCACUUCAUGAAUGAGGUCAAACAUCUUGUAGACAAAGGCAGAAUAAGAUACAACGAAGCUGAAGCUGAACAAGGAUAAGCAAGAAAUAAGACACAUUCCAUUUGCUCUUUUACCAGUUACAACAGCAGGUAAUUAAUAAAACAAGGAAUUCUCCUUGUUUUGUUAAUUAUCUGCUGUUUUCUAAACAUUAUAUUGUCCAUCACUUGUUAAAAAGAUAUCAAAUAUCUUACAGUACCUCAAAUAUCUUACAGUUCAAAAAACUUCAAAUGGUUUUUAGGUGAGGUUGUUUGCCUCUUGAAAACAAUAGAUGAAGAAAACAAGGUGAACACAGAAAUACCUCUUUGUCUUGAAAGUCUAAAAAUGUACUGCAUUUCCCCUUGGUUCCAGCCUACCCACCUACCCAAUUAGUGAAGCAAACCUUGUACAGUCUUUCUGGAUGCUUGGACAGAACUGCUUACAAUAUGGUUACAAAUCUGAAGGUGUAGAGGACUACAAAACGACUAAUCAUCUUUAAAAAAAUUGAUUAAGAAGAUCAAUGCACAGUUUUGCCAUAGGCUGGUGAUCAGAUGGGAAAAACAGAACUACUUGAACAUUUAAAAGGUUUUUGAAUUCCCUGGCACAUCUGCCCCCCCAAAAAUCAUACAUUUUCAACUUCACUAAGAAAGAAACCUUCCUGAGUUUCACUGCUCUGCAGCUGAUCUUUGGAAAGAAUGCUGUUGGCAUCACAUCACCACAGCUUCUUGCCUCACUGGUUUGGUCUGAAAACUCUUCAGAGAUGAGACCACACGUGUGCCUAUCUAGAAGAAGGUGCUUAUUAUUCAGAAUGGCCUGCACAGUGUUAGCAGAUGACAGAACCCACACUGCACAAAAGGCAGCAGCAGCCUCACAUAUUGAGCCCUGCCUAGCCCAACAUCCAAAGGUUUCAAAGUUCUAUGUUACUUCAACACAUACUUUUAAACUUUGUUGUUGAGUAACUUUGUGAGUGAACUCCAGCACUACUGGGAUCACAGACGCACACAAACAAACCAAAGUCCAAAAAGAGAUAAUGGCCUGAGCAAAGGGCAGAAUGCCCAUCAGGGAAAAAAGGAAGAAAGCAGAAUAAAUAAGGUCCAAACUUGGAAACCUUAAGGAUCUGUCUUGGCACAGUUUCCAAGAGGAAAAUGACCGCAGGUUACGUAUUGUCAGUGUUUGUGAGGGAGCUACCUGCUUCUGUUCUCUUUGCUGGGAUCUUUAUGCCCGUGACUUUACUCCUGCUGCUGCUAAUUGUCUACUUCAGGAUCAAACUAAGAGAAGCUGAGACUGUCAGAGACCAACCUACUGUUUUGGCCUCCAGCCAACUUACACAAAACAUCCUGAGCAGCUCUCCCUGUACAAGCAAGUGGAGCCAGCUUUAGCUUAAGACCAUCAGUUGAGGAGGAAAUAGUCAUGGCACAAGAUUCUAGGAACACCUUCAUGAAUCACCGUGGCCCGUGGAAGAAACCCAGGAGAUCCGGACAAAAAGAGAACAGAUACAGGAACUCGAGGACAUUUAAGGGAGCUUCACGU